AUGGAAUCCUAUGGGCCCCAGAUGAUUUUUAGUGACACGUCUGCGUAUAAGUAUGGGGCUUCGAGACACAAAUCCAAACUCCAAAAAUCUCAAGCUCGAUUGAAACAAACUACCAUCCUAGAAACCGGAGCUACCCUUGGAAUUUCUGCGAAAUCACAGAGGACAAGAUUCGGAAUUUGA